AGAACGUUUCCUACAGACAGACAGACGAGUCGACAGACGAGUUUUUUGAAGAUGGAUCUUACGACUGUGGAAGUUGUGAUUAUUGGAGGAGGGCUGAGUGGUCUUUGUGCCGCAAAGCUCUUAUCCGAAAAUGGAGUUAAUGUUGUUGUCCUUGAAGCGAGAGAUCGUGUCGGUGGAAGGACACAAACCUUGCAGGAUUCAAGGUUUAAAUACACGGAUUUAGGAGGUGCAUAUGUUGGUCCAACUCAAGACCGUGUCUUGCGUGUGGCCAAAGAGCUUGGUAUAGAAACUUAUAGAGUACACUUCGAAGGCAGAGUAUCUGAAUACUUAAAUGGAAAAAGAAGGGAAUACGAUGGCGAAGUCUCCACCUGGAAUCCCAUUGCAAUUUUGGAUUAUUUCAAUCUUAUUAGAAAGCUUGAUAGCAUGUGUGAUGCAAUCGACUUAAAUAAUCCAUGGGAUUCGCCCAAGGCUGAAGAAUGGGACCGGAUUACCACGGAGGAGUUCUUCAAAAAGACAUGUUGGACGACCUACUGCAAAAAACGCAUGGUCCAGAUUUAUCACGAUGCAAUGGCAGCCGAGCCUUGGGACAUGUCACUUCUUUACUAUCUGUGGUACCUUAAAUCAUGUGAUGGCGUUCUAAGGAUUGCUGGUAUUGAAAACGCUGGCCAAGAAAGAAAGUUUGUUGGUGGAUCACAGCAAAUAAGUAUUAAGCUGAAAAACCUUCUAGGAAAUAAGGUAAUCCUAAACAGCCCUGUCAAGGAACUUGAACAAAAUACAGAACAUGUAUUUGUUACAUGUGCAAAUGGCAAGAAAUACAAGGCCAAGUAUGUAAUAAGUGCAAUGCCACAAGCUCUUCUAAACCAAAUAUCAUUUGAUCCACCACUUCCACCUCUGAAGAACCAGCUUAUCCAGAGAAUCCCAAUGGGCUCAGUGAUCAAAACCAUUACAUUUUAUGACAAGGCAUUCUGGCGAGAGAAAGACCUGAGUGGAGUUGUAAUUGCAGACUCUGAUUCUGGUCCAGUACAAGCUGCUCUUGAUGACACCAAGCCAGAUGGAUCACACCCAGCUAUUAUGGGAUUUAUUAUUGGGGAUCAAGCUCGUAAGUGGUGUACAAAAACAACAGAGRAAAGAAUGAAAGCUGUCAGUGAGCAAUAUGCUAAGGUGUUCAACUGUAAAGAUGCUCUUCAGCCUCAGCAUUAUGUUGACAAAAACUGGCCAGCUGAGAAAUAUUCAGGUGGUUGCUAUGUAAGUGUGAUGCCAUGUGGUGUUAUUACRAAAUAUGGCAAGAUGUUGAGAUGUCCUAUAGGAAGAGUGUUUUUUGCUGGCACUGAAACAGCCACAGUUUGGUCAGGAUAUAUGGAUGGUGCAGUUCAGGCAGGUGAAAGGGCAGCAAGAGAGGUACUUCAUCAAAUGGGAAAGAUUUCUGCAGACCAGAUCCAUCAAGAUGAACCUCCAUCUACAGAUGUCAUUGCUCAUCCAUGUAAACUGACUCCAUGUCAACAGUGUCUGCCCUCUGUACCUGUAUUUCUUACAGGGAUGUUCAUAAUUUGCUCUGUAGGAGGCUUUCUAUCCUACAAAUACUUGGUAAAAUAAUAAGAAUGCACAAGUUACAAUAGAAAAACAUUAGGGGGAAAUUCAUAUUUUAAAGUAAAAUAGAAAAUAGAGUUUUAGUGUGAAGUAAGUUUGAAUUAAUAAAUUUAAUAAAUUUA